CCGGAGCCCCACGUGUUGUCACAGCUGAUUUCCUGUGGCAAUGUUUAUGUCAGUUUCCCGAGGCGAUCGGCGAACAUGAACCCCUGAAGGAGAGCGGAGAACGGAGAGCGGCGGCGGAGGCUCGGAGCCGAGAUGGCCGAACCCAGCUCGCUUGUUGUGCAGGACGAAAACAACUGCCCCAUUAAAGUGGUCCACGACCGCAGGAGAAGGCAGUUCCAGGUCCGGCUGAACGAUUCGCAUGAGCGAGCGGUGCUUUUGUAUGAGUACGUGGGAAAGAAAACCAUCGACCUGCAGCACACUGAAGUCCCUGAUGCCUACAGAGGAAGAGGAAUAGCCAAGCUGAUGGCUAAGGCUGCCCUGGACUUCAUAGUCGAGGAGGAUCUACGCGCUCAUCUGACCUGCUGGUACCUCCAGAAGUACGUCAAGGAAAACCCACUGCCUCAUUACAUGGAACGGAUACAGCAGAGGGCGCCCACGGAUUUUCACCUCCGCUAGAAUCCCGGAGGUCCUGCCCGCAGGGAUAACUGCUACAUGCUGCCUGGUCUGCUGAGUGUUUCCAGCACGUCUGCUUUUAUUUCAGAUUUCGGGCAGUUUCUUGAGUGUGUUUACCAAGUUUGAAAGAAAUUGUUUUUUUGUGGAGGAGGCUGGGGUCUGGAUCAAGAGUCUUACACUUUUGUGGAGGCAGGCUGAUGAGGAAGCCUUUAUUACAAUGUAAAUCAGGAACCUUCUCCAUCUCAAGAAACUGGGAAAGACAAUAUUCCAAACUAAAGUUAAGAAUUGGUUGAGUCUGACGAAGGGUCCCGACCUGAAAGGUCUCCUAUCCAUGUUCUCCAGUGAUACUGCCUGACCCGCUGAGUUAUUCCUGCACUUUGAGUCUCUUUUUGUAAACCAGCAUUUACAGUUCCUCCCUUCUCCAUUGGCAGUUGUUGCUUUCAAAGGAUGUAGAAGCCGAAUGAAUAGAUGGGGUUAAGGAACAGCUCAGGAGAUGGCCUCCUUCCAUUCCCUGCCUGCUGCCCAUAGCCCACCCUUCUGAAACCUGAUAUCCCCAAUCCCAGCUUUCAACACCUAGUCUCUCCAGUCUUGCCCACUGUGUUGAUGCUAUGUAACGUUCUCCGUGGUGAGAUGAUCUCUCCAGUGUAAACUUUUCUGAGUGUUAUUUCAUACCUUUUUAUGUAUCUUUUAUGCACAGAAUCCAAUUAUUUAGUCUUUAGUUUUACAAAGAGCAAUAAAUUUCUAGCAAAUGGUAACAUA